ACAUCUGGCUACCAACAAGCUAUGUGGAAGUCUCACUUUUUCCUCAGUCAUGAUUAUGGUGAACCCUCUCAAUGUCCUCUGCUCCUCUUUCUUGCAGUUCCGUGCCUUUCUCCCCUCUUCCGAUCUGCUGUUCUUUGUGAAGACAUGAAUCUGGCACAUUGUUAAUGCCAUCAAGCAUGCAGGCUUUGAUAUGCCUCACACAUGUCUCACGGUAGGUUGACACCUACCAGCUCUCCCCAUCUCAAAGGCUCAUCAACUCUCCCAUGCAUUCGUAAUUCUCUGCAGAAGCCUGCUCCUUCUCAGAAGCAGAGUUUGCCAUCUAAGGCCGUAGACACUUCAGCAAAGAUCCUCGAGCACGAUUCUUUUGCAGCCAAUAGUAACAGCACCAGCAACAUGAUGAGCGGCACUGCUCCUCCUCCUCACCCAUCAUGGGCCAACACCACCACUUUGCACGAUAUCUAUAUCACCCCCAAUCAGCAGGCUCACCACCGUCUUUCCAAUCCUGUCAGCUUGCCUGCAGAGGCCGCCUUUUACAGUAACCUCACCGACCCUCCACUGGAUCCUGUUCACUUGACCCACAUGGGUUUCAACUCUUCGACGGGCGAGUUCACGGGCCUGCCUAAGGAAUGGCAGCAGUUACUACAGAAGAGCAGCAUCUCCAAGUCAGAGCAGGAGAAGGACUCGCAGGUGGUGAUGGGAAUUGUGAAGUUUUACCAGGAAGGCCAAGGAGAUACAUCUGUUUGGGAUAAGAUGGGUACUGUACCUGCACCUGCACCUGCACCAUUUGCUGGAGAUGGUCUACAGCAUCCUUAUGACCUUGUAGGCCUUGUUGAUGCAGGCAUGGGUGGUGCCUCUCCAUGGUUCGAGACUGUGGUCUCACCACCCCCAUGUCCCAAUCCUGUGUGCUCUCCAGCAGAAUCCAUUUCAACCAGCCUAUUGUCUUCAGCACCUUACCCAAACGACAUGCUCCCAAUAAUCAACAAUGAGCAUGAGCACGAGCAUGAGCAUGGGCAUAAGGAUGAGCUUGAGGAUGAGGACAAGCCUGAGGAUAUGGAUAACCACAAGGAUGAUGAGCAGGAGAAGGACAAGGAUGAUGAGCAGGAGCAGGAUAAAGAUGACAAGGACCUGGAAGAGGAGCAGGAGAAGGACAAUGAGGAUAUGGAAGAGGAGCAGAAGCAGGAGCAGGACAAAUUGGAGGAUGAAGUGGAGGAUGAAUUGGAGGACAGAAGGUCCAGUGCAGUUGAUAAGGGCAAGUCAAUUGAGUGGCAUCCACCUACACCACCAAUGAGCCCCAUAGUGACCUUGUCACACUGUUCACGUGUGGAGGUCCUUUUGCCCAAAUGGCCAUACUCACUAUCCAAACUAAGAAUGUUUGGGACUACCGACGCAAUGCCCAGUGGAAUCAAGAAUCCUCUUUCCAUUCAAGCGAGUGCAGACAACCAGGAAUUUGAAGGCAGAAGUGGAGGUCAUCGCCGCAUGACUUCCGUCCAUAAAGAGAUUCACCAAAUCGUCGCUGAUUCAUAUAUGCAUGCCCAUCCUGAAACCUCUGUUUCAGGAAGUGAUUAUGAGGAGACUAACGCAAAGCAACAUGACGGCCAUCAACAUUAUGCGAAGGGUGGUCAUUUGACAUCGGACACUGAGGAAGAAGAUGACCUACUGGAUCAGGAACUUGCAGACAACAUCGCUGCUGAUGAGAUGGUGGUGCAGCCAUGUACAUGUCAGUCAUCCAUGGAGAUGAUGGGUAGGACUGCAUCAAAGUUGAAGAGGAAUGGGAAACCACGAAGGUCCAAGGGGAAGCAGAGGGCCCUGCCUCAGGUGGAACACAAUGAGUCUGACCUGCAGACACUAGAUGAAGGCCCCGAAGGUUGUGACGAAGUCAAACACCUGGAUGAACUCAACAGCCCAAACAGUGACUGGAAGAAAAUACCUGGUCCUUUGUCUGCCGAAGCCAAGUCCAAAAUUGCCACAUUCAGUGAGGACAUUCGAAGGCAUGCAGAGCACUUAGCAUGCAAGUUCAGGAAGGCUACAUGCAGUGUGAUGUUGCAGGCAGGUCUGGGUGUACGCCCAUCAUGGGGUGUCAACCACAUGAAUCAAUUUCACAUUUGGUAUGCAGCACACCAUCCGAAGCCUGACGACAAGGAGAAGAAUCUCUCAAACAAGGACCCAUCCAAGGCUCGCAUUCCCCUCAUUACGGAUGAGCAGAAUGUGCCGCUAUUUGUUCUUGGGCAAGUAGCCACCUGGCUGAAGAAGGCAAAGGUGCCAGACAGCAUAGUGUAUGGUCUUUCGAAUGACCAGGAGACAGGAGACGAAGAAGACCAAGAAAGCCAUGGGGCAAAGCAUCUCCGUGAAGAAGAAGAGAUGGAUGACAGAGAGCUGACAUAUCCUCUUGCAGAAGCACGUGCGAGGCACAGUCAACAUCGACAACCCUCUGCACAUACACUUCAUCAAGAUCACCAACCUGGACCUCCAUUGCACUCGCUGCGUCCUCCCUCACCAUCUGCUGAAUGUUCUGCGAAGCAUCCUCAUCCUAAUGGAGAUGAUGACAUAUUGGACAUUGACAUGCAGGAGCAUCCACUGCCUGAAGUCCGCACACCAUCCCGUGCUCAUUCGCAAGCUCCCCGCGCUGCUUCUGCACCUCAUCAGAUGUUGCCACAAGGACAAUUGGACCGCCCUCAAGCUCAUCACCUGCCAUCUCAGGCCUCUGCAUUAGGUCCACCCAUUUGACUCCCAUCUCAAGCUCCUCAUGGUCGUGGUCUCACUCGUGGUCGUGGUUAUGGCCAUGGGCGCAGUCUUGAAACUCCUCUUCCUCGUUCAUCUCAUCAACCUUAUCAGGACCAUGUGCAAUCUUAUGAAGAAUCUCUGCCAUCUGAUCAUCAAACAUUGAUUUCCCCUCCUCACGACUAUCGUAUGCCAUCCAUGCUGCCCAAUCCUGAUUGUCAGAGGCCCUUGCCACCUCACUAUCCUCCAUCAGGCCCGUAUUUUCCCCCACCUCGCUACCCUUCAUAUAAGUAUGGGUACUAUGGCUAUGUACCAGAAUUCUUGCCUGGUUCAAGUCAGCAACCUCAAGGGUAUGGUAUGGAAAUAAUAGACACUGAGAACUAUG